GAGGGCCGGAGGAAGCGGUCUGCGGGGAGACACGGCGCCCGGGGGACCAUGCGCGGGCUGCUGCCCCCCAGCGUGCGCCAGGCCUGGCUGCGGCGUCUGCAAGCCGCCCUCGGCGAUUUGAAGUCAAUAAAGGGAAGCUGCCAUAAUUUCUGUACUGUUUCUAAGGAUGUCACUUACAAGGAACUUAAAAACUUGUUGAGUUCUAAAAAUAUUAUGUUAAUUGAUGUUAGAGAAAAAUGGGAAAUUCUUGAAUAUGGAAAAAUCCCUGGAUCUAUCAAUAUACCACUGCAUGAAGUAACUGAAGCUCUACAGAUGGACUCAAAAGACUUCAAAGAGAAGUACCACGAAGUGAAGCCCUCCAAAUCAGACAGUCUGGUGUUUUCUUGUUUAGCAGGAAUAAGAAGCAAGGAGGCUCUGGACGCAGCGACAUCUCUGGGCUUCAGCAGGGCUAAACACUAUGCUGGCGGAUGGAAGGAAUGGGUAACCUAUGAAUUUCCAGAGAAGAAAUAAGAAAAUUAAUUUCAGAAUACAAGCUGGCUUCUUGUGUACACUCAGCAUGGGACAGUGGAAUGAAUAUGAGCGAAAUCUAGUUUUGACACCAGUGGUUAAUGCUAAGGGGAUUCUAUUACAAACCACCUGCUUGUUCAAUUUUUUCUAAUCUGUAAAUUGAGAAUAAUGCCCUCCCCCUUUCCCAGUUUAUGAUAUUCAAAGGCUACUAGGAUUAAAAUAACAGAUGUGACUUGCUCUGGAAAUGUGUGUUUGGAUUCUAAGAGUUAAUUUUUAAGUAGUUUAGCACAGUUCAAUAGUAUCCCAAAAGGCCAGAUUGCCUAUACCGUCCUAUCAUGUGUGGCCAGUUCGGUCAGUAUAGGUUCUGUUCGUCAAAGAGGCAGUGAACUUGACAGUAGAUCAACAAGUAGACUUGACCUUAAAAAAAAAUUGAGAUCCAGAUUUGAAUGAUAAAAAUAUAUUAUCAUCCAAAGACUCGUGGCAGUGUUGUUACCAGAAUAGCAAUGAUACAGUUUACAAUUUAAAAAAUUAAAAUUAGUAUAAUUAACAAGGGGCUAGACAUCAGAAUAGCGGUUACUUCUGUGGAAAGUAGAUUAGCUAGAAGAGUCAAGGAGGGAGUUUUCUAGUGGAAUAGAAAUGUUUUGUAUCUCAGCUCAGGUAUGUGUACAUAGAUAUCUAUGUUUCAAAACUCACUGAAGUACACACAAAACACAGAUGCUUGUCUGUAAGAAUACCUUAAUCUAAAAAUAGUGAAAACAGAAAAAAAUGUCUACACGUAAGUAACUCUUAGUAACUGGUAUAUUUCUGUGGAAUGUAAAAUCCUACACUUUUGUCCUAGUGCACAAGAAGCAAAAUAAACCAGUGCGUUAUCAGA